AUGGCGAGAGCUCAGAUCGUAGCUACUUGCCGCCAGGCACAGCCGCUCGUCGAUGCCGGUCUAGAGUCCCGCAUCCUUCUUCCGACGGACACCGAGUACGCCUGGCGAAAUAGCUCCUAUUGGUGCAACAAUGCGAAGUUGAAUCCGGCAUGUAUCUUGCUGCCGCGAUCUGCCUCUGAGGUUGCCACAGCAAUUCAAGCACUCGCUCAGGCCCGCCAAGAAUUUGCGGUGCGCGCCGGCGGACACAUGAACUGGGCGGGCAGCAAUAACAUCAGUGGUGGAGUGACCAUUGACCUGGGCUUCUUUGACUGGACUCAGUAUGACCCUGACACCCAGACAGCACGCCUGGGGCCUGGUGCCAAGUGGAAACAUGUGUACGCUGAGCUGGAAAGGCACGGCCGCACAGUUGUCGGCGCGCGAGAGGGCGAGUGUGGUGUUGGCGGCUUCCUGCUUGGAGGUGGCAACACCUUCCAUACGCCGAGUCACGGCUUUGCCUGCGACAAUGUUGUGGCUUACGAGGUAGUGCUGGCCGAUGGCCGUAUUGUCACUGCGGACGCGGAGGGCGAGCACAAAGACCUAUUCCGCUGUCUCAAGGGGGGUGGCAACAACUUCGGCAUCGUCACCUCCUUCCAAAUGGGUACAAUACCCAGUGGCCCUGUCUGGGGAGGACUGGCGCUGCCGCAAUUGGAUGCUGUCCCGGCCGCUGUGGACGCACUGGUUGAGUUUACAGCAAACUCUGUAAAGGACCCAAACAGCAACAUGCAACUGGUUGUUGGCCAUCAACCCAGGUUUGGGGGUGGUGUUGCCAUCACCCUCUGCAAUAAUAUGGCUGCCGUUGAGAAUCCGCCCGCCCUGCAGAGAACCUUGGCUCUGCCAGAGACUUUGAACAACUUCAAAACGACGACACUGGACGAAAUUCUGACUUACACGUCACUUCCACCCAAUUUCCACAACGUUUGGUUCACACUGACCUUGAAGAAUGAUUACUCCAUUAUCAACAAAGCUGCUGAGCUGCAUAAUCAGCUCGCCAAAGAGCUUCAGGCGAAGGUCCCCGGUGAAGAUUUCACCUCGCAUGUUUCAUUCCAGCCGGUUCCACGGUUGUUCGCGGAGAGGUCCCUGGCUGUCAACCUCAGCGGUAAUGUGCUUGGUCUGGAGCAAAACAAACACGACGCCAUCCUGAUCCAGGCCUCUGCCAGCGUUCCUACGCCUGAGCUGGAGGAGUGGGUCAGGCCGAAGGUUCGUGCUGUGGUUGAGGGCGUCCGCGCCUUUGCCGCCACAAUAGAUGGGGGCAUCAUCCCAUGGAUUUACCUCAACUAUGCCCUCAAGCCAAGAGGUUCUGCAGAGCUACGGCCCGGAUAA